AUGAUGGAUUCAGAAGCUCAUAAAAAGAGGUCGCCAAUCAUAACAUCUUCAAAACAAGAGAUAGCAACUCAUAAUACAGAUGUUGGUGGAAUUAAACCUUAUAUGUGUGGCUGCGGUGCAGCUGUAAGCAAUGUAGCAUUCACAUAUCCCAUUCAGAAGGUGCUCUUUCGGCAACAGCUGUAUGGAAUCAAAGCCAGGGAUGCAAUGCUUCAGGUGAGGAGGGAUGGAUUUCAAAACUUGUAUCGUGGAAGUCUUCCCCCAUUAAUGCUGAAGACAGCGUCAUUAGCACUUAUGUUUGGUGUGUAUGAGGAUUUAACUUGCUUUCUCCGUAAGUAUAUCCGUACCCCACAAUUUGCAGCCCAUACCAUGGCAGCAUUACUUGCAGGGACAACAGAAGCAAUUUUCACUCCAUUGGAAAGAGUUCAGACACUGCUUCAAGACCAAAAAAAUCACGAUAAAUUUGCAAACACUUACCAGGUUUUCAAGGCACUGAAAUGUUAUGGAGUUGGAGAGUAUUAUCGAGGCUUGAUACCUAUUCUUCUCCGUAAUGGGCUCAGCAAUGUCCUUUUUUUUGGCCUCCGAGGUCCUAUUAAGGAGCAACUCCCUGCUGUAACGACUCGCAGUGGUCACGUGGCCACUGAUUUUAUCUGUGGAGGACUGUUGGGUGCCAUGUUGGGAGUCUUAUCUUUUCCAAUUAAUGUUGUAAAAAUUCGCAUGCAGUCUGAAAUUGGUGGGGAAUUUCAGUCUUUUCCCAAGGUUUUCAAAAUAAUCUGGUUGGAACGAGACAGAAAAUUGACAAACCUUUUCAGAGGUGCCCAUCUAAAUUACCACCGGACCAUCAUCUCUUGGGGCAUAAUCAAUGCAUCUUAUGAAUUCCUGUUAAAGGUUAUAUGA